CAUGCAAAUACACAAUGUUUUGAUGUGAAAAUUCAGUUUUGAGUACUUCAGUUUUGUGAUCAAAUCGACGGUCAGGAUUAGUUGCGUGACGCCGAUCGGACGGUUCCUGUCAGCGCGGGCCAAAUAAAAGCUAUCCGCGAGAAGAACGGACCCAAGGGGUCAGUGUUCUCUCAAAUGGCUCUGGCGGGCUUCUCCCGCUUCCAUCGUCCUCCUCCUCCUCCUCCUCUCCAUCUCCGACGUCCUUCGGCCUCCGCUCGUGCUUCCGCUCCCUCUGUCUCUCCCCUUCCAAGGGCCCUAAUCGAGAUUGAGAGAUCCCGGGUCAUCGCGUGCCUCCGCGCCUCAGAUGGCAAGCUGGCAAUGGAAGCUGCUUGUGCUGCCCUGAGCGGUGGCAUCUCUGUUCUGGAGAUUGUGAUGAGCACUCCAGGUGUGUUGGAGGUGAUAAAGGGACUUCAGAAAGAUCAUCCUUCAUCAGUUAUAGGAGUUGGGACCGUCUUAAAUGCUGAGGAUGCUAGAAAAGCAGCAAAAGCUGGAGCCCAGUUUCUCAUGAGUCCUUGUACAGUCAUGGAAAUAUUAGUUGAUAUUCAAGAUAAUGAAGUUCUUUAUAUUCCAGGAGUCAUGACACCAACAGAAGUGUUGUUUGCAUAUAAUGCUGGUGCAAGAAUUGUCAAGGUUUAUCCAGUCUCGAUGUUAGGCGGAUAUAAAUACAUAUCAGCUCUCAAAAAACCAUUUCCUCAUAUUCCAAUGGUUGCUUCCCAAGGCAUUGCAACAGAUUCAAUAGAGGGAUACAUUGGAGGAGGGGCUUCAGCAGUGGUACUAUCGGAUGCUAUAUUUGAAAAAGAGGCAAUGAGACAAAGGAAUUUUGAUGAAAUACAAAGACUUGCGUAUCUUGCCACUUUGCUUGCUGAUCGAGCUAGAAGACCACGAGGACAAGGUUAUAUAGCUUGAUUUCAUUAAAUAAGCAUAAGCUACAAAUGGUCAGGAUGUAUACUUGAGUUCACUGAGGCAUCUUUUGGGUCUUCAUAAAUAGAGGAACCUCCAAAGAGCUUGAGCUCCAAGUGGUUCCAAUGACAGUCUAAAGUACAUGCUGCCCGAAGUACAUCAGAAUUCACUAAAUCAUCAUUUUACCUUAUAGAUAGACAUGCUCAUCACUGUUAAUCUACUCUUUGAGCAUCCUGAAGGAUGCUCGGUGCAUGAUCCAGCAGGCCAACAGUUGAGCUGUAUUAAUGGUCAGAGAAAAUCAAGAGACACUGCUUGCUAGACAACAAAACUUUUGGACAUUUCUUUUAAAGGAGAAGAAUUGUGACAGGGCAUCGUGGUGCUCCAGCCUCCACUUGGCAGAGGAAACUCAUCUCAUGACAUUAAAAAGUCAUCAUCGACCAAAGCAAGAGUUAGACACAUUGCAAAGAGGUGCUAAAAUUUAGGACUUUAUCCAAAAUGGCUAGCUGGAAGAUAUUAUUUGGAUUAUUUGAUCCUGUAUAAGUAUCUAAAAUCUAUUCUGCAAAUAAUCGAUAUGAGAUUAAAUACACACCUAUCCAGGUCAUCACAUACUUUCCCAAAAGUCACCAUUGACCAGAGCAGGAGUUGGCACAUCGCAAAGAGUGCUAAUAAUUUAGGAUUUUAUCCAAAAUGGCUAGCCAAAAGGUAUUUUUUGGAUUUCUUGAUUCUGUAUAAGUGCUUAAGAUUUAUUCAGCGAAUAAUCGAUAUGAAACUAAAUACACACUGCACCGGUCAUCACAUACUCCUCCGUUUAAGCUCUGGCAUUCUUGUCAGGCUAAGAAUCCAAAUCCAUUCAAAUUCAAUCACAAACAUCACGAUCAACUUGUGGUCAGUUUAAAUAUAUCCAUACUACAAUAUUCUUUAAUCCAUAUAAGUCAUGGAUAUGAUUCGCUCUUAGAUCAUUUGUAACAAUCUAUGAAGUAGCUAGUCAAAAAAUAUUAUUUAAUUUUUUUAAUUUUAUAUAAGUAUUUAUUCAACAAAUAAUUAAUAUAGAACUAGAUAUACGUGGUUACGGGUGGCUGGGGAUGAUGUCCGCCCCAUCCAUAUCCAUAACGUUGCGGUCCUCGGAUCUCGAUUCUUAUGCGCAGAGAGCAAAACUUCUCAACUAACUAUUUGUACUGGCCGAGUUACAGAUUCGAACUCCUUAUGGUUUAAAACACCUGCUUCCAUAAAUGCUCGUGCAUGGCCCCGGGUUACAUUGGAGAGCAGAGGAUGUGCAGACAUGGAAUUUCAGAUGUAAUCAUGGAUGGUGAAUUGGGGAUGCCUUUGCAAAUGAUGAGCACCAUCUUAGCCUUGCAAAGGUGACGAAGUCGGACCCUCUUGUAGAGCACAAGGCAUGUAGGUGAUCAGUUACGAUUAAGACUAGAUUAAUUCUAAAUGUUUUGCUAAGUUUUGCAAGACUUUCCCCCUCUCAACAUCCGGACAACCACCAUCUACUCUCUUUGGUUACAAUCGAAUACAUCCAGGAGUAAUAUGUAUGAGCGUGUGCAAAGCUUGCUUCUACAUAUAGCUAUUGUAUGUACAGAAUUUUACAGCUCAAAAACUUCAGAUUACUCUAAGACAAGCAUGGUCAAUGGUUUAAAAUUGCCACAGGCUCUUCAGCAUGUCAACAAGAGCAGAGCAACUAUGAUGGUUUGUUCCAUGGCUUCUCCUUCUUGCAAAAAGGAGGCACAAGUUUUGGUUUAUUCCUUUUCUCUGCAAGACAUCAGCUGAUAUUUUCGAUUAUGCCCAGAACCAAAUCAAAGGAAAUCAGAAAACAUACUUCUGAUUCCAGUCCGGUAAAUGCUAGAAGCCAUUAGACAGCUACAAUCAGUUGAAAUCUAGCAAACAAAUGGGAGGUGGUUGAAAUGCCAGGUACUUUUAUCAAGGGGCAACAGUUGAUUUCUCAAAAACUUCACAGUAGUUAAACAGUUGCAGAUUCCAGUUUCUCAGCCGUGCCUAUGCAUCCAGACUUACAUGAAGCAGACCCCCGUAUUAACAAAAGAAGAAUGUAUUCUUCUGAAAAAACAAAAGGAUAAUGUAUGUUUGACCGUCUGAAGGAAUUGUAAUGUAUAUUUAAUACAGGCCUACUUCAGUUUUUAUCAAAGAGUUAGAAUGAAUAAUUCCUUAU